AUGCAACUUUUCUGGUUUGGCGAACCCGCCCUACAUUGCCGACGCAAAGUCUUCAAUUGGAUGAAAACUUAACUCGACUAUUCUUACUGGGUGUUACAGUUGUCAAUCAGUAUAUUUUCAGGUGAUUUUUAGAGCGAUAGAAGGGGUCCACGUUGACGCUUAUUAAGUUACAGGAGGCAGUAUGAGUGUGGGCUUCAUAGGAGCUGGUCAAGUGGCUCACGCCCUGGUCAGGGGCUUCACUGCUGCGGGCGUGAUUGCUGCCCACAGAAUCACUGCCAGCUCUCCGGACACAGAUCUUCCAACAGUGCAUGGUCUGCGGAAAAUGGGUGUGAAUGUCACCACAAGCAACAAAGAAACUGUGAAGAAAAGUGAUGUCCUGUUCCUGGCAGUGAAACCUCACAUCAUUCCCUUUGUGUUGGAUGAGAUUGGACCAGAUAUUGAAGAGCGGCAUCUCAUUGUGUCCUGUGCAGCAGGUGUCACUAUUGGCUCCAUAGAGAAGAAGCUAGAACUGCAUCGACCAUCUCCAAAGGUCAUGCGUUGUAUGACCAACACUCCUGUCGUGGUGCGAGAAGGGGCCACAGUCUAUGCCACUGGAACUCAUGCGGAGGUGGAGGAUGGAAAGCUUCUGGAGCAGCUAAUGGCCAGUGUGGGCUACUGCACUGAGGUUGAAGAGGAUGUGAUAGACGCUGUCACAGGGUUGAGUGGCAGUGGCCCAGCCUAUGCAUUCACUGCUGUAGAUGCUCUUGCUGAUGGCGGGGUAAAAAUGGGACUGCCCAGAAGACUAGCUGUACGACUUGGAGCCCAAGCCUUACUGGGAGCUGCUAAAAUGCUGUUGGAUUCAGAGCAGCAUCCUGGGCAGCUCAAGGACAACGUUUGUUCACCAGGGGGAGCCACCAUUCACGCACUGCACGUCAUGGAGAGCGGAGGUUUCCGAAGCCUUUUGAUUAAUGCUGUAGAGGUCUCCUGUGUAAGGACGAAGGAACUUCAGUUUUUGGCUGACCAAGAGAAAAUCUCCCCAGCUGCCAUUAAGAAGACAACUCUUGACAAAGUACUGCAGCAGCCAGGUGUGAAUGCAGAUGCUGUUGGAGUUAGAUCUCAUGGGAUCAGUAUGUUUGGUAAUCCGCGGCCAAAGAAGAGCUGAGGGUGAAGAUUUUAAUGGGGAAAUGUCUACAGGCAUAUUAACAUUCAGUCACUCCUUUGGUCAGGCAGUGUUUGUGUUAGACUACUUUUACUUCUUAAAUGGGUCAUUGGGUCACUGGUCAAUUGGUAUUUAAUUUAAAUGGCAUUUUAACAUUGAGAUAUAACCUGUAAUAGUCUAUUUUGUUUAUGGCCCACACUAAUUUUAAGUUGAUCUACCUCUUUACAUUACUUCCAUGAAUUUUGUUAUUAAUAAAUAAUAAAAAGAAUUUCCACUAUUUCGUAAAACAUA